AAAGUCGUCAAACACCAACGGUUGCCGAUUUGGAGGGAUUUCGUGUUUUCUCAUGUUUGUAAUACAUUAAGCUGUAUUUAAUGUAAUUUAAAGUUCGAUGUAUAUACUAGCAGCAAAAUGUACAUCAAAUCUAUCGUGUUGGACGGAUUCAAGUCCUACGGGAACCGUGUUGAGAUUACCGGGUUUGACCCUGAAUUUAACGCUAUCACGGGACUAAACGGCACCGGGAAAUCAAAUAUCCUGGAUUCUAUUUGUUUCGUGCUCGGUAUUACCAAUUUAUCCAACGUGCGAGCGGGAAGCCUUCAAGAAUUAAUCUACAAGCAUGGACAGGCGGGCAUCACCAAAGCCACUGUUAGCAUCACAUUUGAUAACCGAGACAAGAAUCAAUGCCCCAUUGGCUAUGAGAACCAUGAUGAAAUAACUGUUACUCGACAGGUGGUCAUGGGUGGCAAGAAUAAGUACCUCAUCAACGGCAUCAAUGUCCAGAACAAACGAGUCAGUGAUCUGUUCUGCUCUGUACAGCUCAACGUCAACAACCCUCACUUCCUCAUUAUGCAGGGCCGCAUCACUAAAGUGCUCAACAUGAAGCCACCUGAGAUCCUGUCAAUGGUAGAAGAAGCGGCCGGCACUCGCAUGUAUGAAGCCAAGAAGCAGGCGGCUCAGAAGACCAUUGAGAAGAAAGAUGCUAAGCUAAGGGAACUCAAUGAUAUCAUCCGAGAGGACAUCGCGCCGAAGCUCCAAAAGCUGCAGGACGAGCGAUCGCAGUUCCAGGAGUACCAGAAGGUGGUCAGGGAACUGGAGAACGUCAGUCGGCUAUAUGUAGCCUACAGAUAUGUGACUGCCGAAAAGAACCUAAAAGAGGCUCAAGACAAAGUGACGGAAGUUCAAGAUGAGAUACAGGCCAAGAAAGAUGAGAUUGUCGGCAACAAGGAAACAUCAAAGGAUUUGGAGAAGCAGAUGAAUGAGUUGCAUAAGAAGCUAGAAGAUCAAAGCGGCAACAACUUAAAAGCUCUAGAAAAAGAGUUGACCGGCGUAGAGAAGACUGAAGCCAGUGCGUCAGCAGCACACAAGGCUGCUAAAGAAGCUGUCAGCACACAGACCAAACAGGCCAGGAUCAUGGAGAGGUCGUUGAAGGAUGAUGAGAAGGCACUUAAUGAUAAGCGGAAGAUAUUGAGCGAGGCGUCGUCAAUGUUCGAGGGCCUACGAGCGGCGAGUGAAGCCGCAGAGGCAGCCCUAGCGGCCGCGCAGGCGACCUUCAUAUCCGUCAGCACCGGCAACGAGGGCGCCUCCGAGUCUCUGCAGGACCAGCUAAUGGCUGCAAAGGCCGAAGCAUCCGAAGCUUCAACGUCCAUAUCGCAAGCCCAAAUGGAGAAGAAACACGCUGAAGACAGGCUCAAGACUUUGGAGAAGGAGUUCAAAGCGAGCAGUGCUCAGUUUACCAAGGACCAGGAUAACAUAGGCAGGCAGCAGGCGCAGCUGGAUAAACUACAGGCCGAGCUCUCAAGCAUGAACUUCAGCGAAGCUCGCAACACUGAGCUAAAGGGUCUCAUCCGGCAAAUCCAGUCAGAGACAGUCGGAAAAAGAGAUUCAUUAGACCGUCUAAGUUCAAGACUUCAGCGUUGUCAGUUUCAAUACCAGGCGCCGACCAGAGACUUCGACCAUUCCAAAGUACAUGGUAUCGUGGCGAGACUGAUAAACGUCAAUGAUCCAGUGUACUGCACUGCGUUGGAAACUGCCGCGGGCGGCAAACUAUACAACGUAGUAGUAGACACAGACGCCACAGUGGACCUACUGCUCAAGAAGGGCAACAUCCAGACGCGAACCACCAUGAUACCGCUGAACAAGAUCACCGCCUACACCAUUGAUGACAAGACGCUCAGGCUGGCGCAGCAAAUUGGCGGCGGGCCCGAGAACGUGCAGCGCGCCGUGGACCUGAUCUCGUUCCCCGCCGCGCUGCGCCCCGCCAUGGGCUUCGUGUUCGGCGGCACCUUCGUGUGCAGGGACGCCGACACGGCCGACCGGGUCACCUUCCACCCGCAGAUCCGGAAGCGCUGCGUCACUGUCGAGGGCGACGUGUACGACCCGGCCGGGACCUUGUCCGGAGGAGCUAGAGUCAAGGGAGGUCCCGUGCUCAUGCAAAUCCAGCAGCUCCAGCAGUUGGAGCAGGAGCUGAGCCGAGCUGACUCCCAGCUGCAGCAGUACCAGGCCGAGCUCAAUGCCAUGCAAGCUGCGGCCGAGGCGUACAGCAGUAAACAACAAAGAUUCGACAUGAUGUCCCACGAACUAGAAGUUGUGAAAGCUCGCCUCGCCACCACAUCGCACGCCCAAACUCACGCUGAGAUAGAAUCUCUACGUGCGAGGGUGACAGAGUUAGUAAAACAGUUAGAAGAAAACAAGGCAAAACAGCAGGCAGCUUCGGCAAGGGCUAAAGAACUGGAAGCCAAGGUCAAGGACAUUAAAGGUCAUAGAGAAAGGGAGUUUAAAAAAGCUGAAGAAGCUCUCAAGAAGGCCAAAAAAGAAGCAGAACAUCACAGCAGCAAUUGGAAACAGAGGGAGCAGGAAUUCUCCACUUUGCAGCUAGAGGUAGCUGAGUUAGAAAAGGGUGUGGCCACAAGCACGAGUCAGCUGGCGGAGACUAAGGCGGCAGCGGAGAGACUCGCGGAGGCGCUACAGACUGCCAAGGACGAGCAUACUGCCGCCGAGAACGCAGUAAAAGAGAUCCAAGGCCGCAUCAAAGCGAUGAAAGCAGAAAUCGCGUCGCGCAACACGGAAAUCGCUCGUUUGUCGCAGCAGAGAGAAAAGCUGGACGCUAAGAACAACGAUAUCAACCUUAAGAUCAAGGAGUUAGAGUUCAAGAUUAAAGAGCUGGAGACUGAGGCCACUGAGUGUGGUAAGAAGAUCACAGCCCUCGAGAAGGAGCACACGUGGAUCCCCGGCGAGAAGCAGUACUUCGGCGCGGCCGGCGGCCUGUACGACUUCCCGGCGCGGCAGGCGCACGCGGCCGGCGCCCGGCUCGGCCAGCUGAAGGAGAGGAGGGACAAGCUGGCGCGGGGACUUAAUGCCAGGGCUCACACGUUGCUCGGGAAGGAGGAGGAACAGUAUCAAGACGUCCUCCGCAAGAAAGCUAUAGUCGAAGCCGACCGCGCAAAACUCGUCCAAGUAAUGGCCGAACUGGACGAAAAGAAGAAACGCACACUCGUCACAGCUUGUGAACAAGUAAACAGGGACUUCGGAUCAAUAUUCAGUACCUUAUUACCCGGUGCUCAGGCCAAGCUGCGGCCGCCAGAGGGGCUUACUGUGCUGGAUGGAUUGGAGGUGAAAGUAGGGUUCAACAACACCUGGAAGGAGUCCCUGGGCGAGCUGUCGGGCGGGCAGCGCUCGCUGGUGGCGCUGUCGCUGGUGCUGGCCAUGCUGCUGUUCAAGCCGGCGCCGCUCUACAUCCUGGACGAGGUGGACGCCGCGCUGGACUUGUCGCACACGCAGAACAUCGGACACAUGCUCAAAGAGCACUUUAGACAUUCACAGUUCAUCAUAGUAUCCCUGAAAGACGGCAUGUUCAAUAACGCCAACGUUCUCUUCCGGACGCGCUUCGUCGACGGCAUGUCCGCCGUACAACGGACUGUCAACCGCCGGUGAACAGUAGACCUUAUACUUGUUAUUACAAGGUUCAAAAACGUCUGAGCACUGACAACAGGGGUUAUUCGCGGAUGGUCUAAAACGCAAAAUGACUAGUGUAAUAUUUUGCCUAUAUCACUUUUAGUCUACAUCGCGAACGGUCUAGAUUUUUUUUGAAAAAAAAUCAUAACUCUACCAUUUUCAACUCAAAUCGUGUGAAACUUAUAACUUAGCAUAAACACACUGAGCAAAACCCAUUUCAAUCAAAAAAAUCUUAAAAUGUUGAAUUUGGUUUUUGUGCUUUUUCCAUAAAAACAAUUAAUGAUUUAAAAAAAAAAACCGCACCCGUGGCGGAUAUAUGUAGUAUGCCAAAAAAACACAAAUAAUUCGUAGCAUAACUAUCUGCGAGAAUAUUACCGUAUUUGUUGUGGUUCUUGAGAUAUUUUGAUAUUUUGUUCCGGCUCCAUACAUUUUUUUUGAAAAAAAAUCAUAAUUCUACCAUUUUCAACUCAAAUCGUGUGAAACUUAUAACUUAGCAUAAACACACUGAGCAAAACCCAUUUCAAUCAAAAAAAUCUUAAGAUGUUGAAUUUGGUUUUUGUGCUUUUUCCAUAGAAACAAUUAAUGAUUUAAAAAAAAAACCGCACCCGUGGCGGAUAUAUGUAGUAUGCCAAAAAAUCACAAAUAUUUCGUAGUAUAACCACCUGCGAGGAUAUUACGGUUUGUUUUGCGGUUCUUGAGUAAUGAUGAUUUCUUGUUCCUGCUCCAUACAUUUAUUUUGAAAAAAAAUCGUAACUCCACAAUUUUCAUUCCAAAUCGUCUAAAAUCCAUAGGUUACCAUAACAAUGCUGGGCAAAACCUAUUUUAAUCAAAAAAACAUAAAAAUAACAACUUCGGUUUCUAUGUCAAUGAAAGCCGAAUUUCAGCCCACAGUGCAGCGGCAAGACUCCGAAUGAAUUUCAUUCAUAAUGUUUCCAUCCAAUUUCGCAGAUUGUAACGCUGUUCCCAGAGUCUGUCUAAGCUAACUUUGCACCGAUUUGAAGAUUACAAAGUGAGACAGUGUCAUUAUAAUUGUCAUAUUUUCAUAGAAAUUUGACAUUAUCGAAGACAUUGCCACACUCAAAUGCAGUUAUCUUGGUCCGACUCUGAUAUUAUUUUCAACGGAACUACUGUUUUCUAUUGUCUUUAACGUUGUAUGUUAAGUAUUUUUAAGCUAUGACAUAAAGUAAUUAUUUUAUA